CCGCCGCCAGUUUCACACAAGUGCGGAACGCGAAUACAAUCUCUUAGAGUACAAGCAAGGAUCAUCGUCGGCUGACGCCAUGGAAACGUUAAAUUUAAAACCGUUAAGUAAGUGUCAAGAGUGGUCUCCGGAUGCGCAGGGAGCGGAGACCACCGAGGUCCGCGAGGCGGGCCUCGUCGCGUCCACCUCGUCCGAGGAGCGCCUCCUGCGCCGCGUCGUGGGCCGCUGGGGCGCCGAGUGGUUGAGCUGACUCGGCACAGGGCCCAAGCACGCCGGCCUGCACUGGCCGGCCGACCACCCCCUGCCGCCACCGCGCUGGGGGGCCGCGCGCCCGGCGCUCCACCUCACCCUCCAUCAGUACGAGGACCUGGUGGCGAAGGCCGAGGCGCUGAUAAGCCGAAUCGUCGUCUCAGAAAACUAUGACUCCGUUAAUAAUUUCCUGUCUCUUUACGACGCCUAUAUGGCCGCUCCGGAUCAGUAUCUUGAAGAGUUCUUCCCGAAGUACAAUCCUCCUAUCAGAGCGCAUAAGCAUACUUGUGUCGGUCUCGGAAUGGAAGUCAUCAAGCGCUUGAAAGUUUUAGAGAAGGACUUCCCCGGUAUCAGCAAGUCUAUGAUGCUGGUAUCUUGCGAUGAGAAUAUCCAGGACUUGGUAGACUAUACCACCUCGUUCCCUGGACCUCAAGGGUUCCUGAUCGAGACGGAGAAGGACCACGUGAUGGCCGCUAUCCACGUGAAGAUCGACGGCAGACCGGGCAUAUUCCUGUCCGAUCUGGGAUACCACAUCUCCCGUGUCGUCACUGCUAUGGCUGAUCGUUGCUAUCCACAUACUGGCUGGUUCACGCAGUCGGACGAGCCUCACUGCCGCAAGGACUACAACUACCAGUUCAACCUGCAGAACCCCAACUACGUGGAGUGGCACGAGCGGGAGACCAGGGGUGACAAGACCAAGGCCCAGGUGUCCCUAAUGUACGUCGCCAAGCCGUAUCUGACCGCUGUUGAGGUCACCGAGAAGAGGAACUUGGUGUGGGAUCUUAGGAGUCUUCUAGCCAGGGACCCCAAGGGCCGCCUGACCGCCGGUAUCUACUUCCCUCUGAAGGCCAAGACCCAGGAAUUCACCAUGUUCUUCGACAGCAACAACGGCAAGCAGAGGAAGAAGCUCAAGUUCCAAACAUUCUUGGAGCUACAGAAGAUCCCUGACGAAGUGGUAGAAGAAGUAGACCAGUGCAACGAGCAGCUCCGUCUCAAGGACGGCGAGCUCCUCUCCAUCCUCAAACGACUUGCCACCGUCGUCACCGACGAGGAGUACAUGGCUGAAGUCCUGGCUGUUAACAACAAGGUCGUGCAGCUGUCUGCGGGACAGUAAACACACUGGCCGUUUAGAAAAAAA